AUGGCCUCUUGGGCCAAGGAGGUGCUAGGCCGGGUCUUCUCGACGAAGGGCAGCAAAGCAACGAGUGAGACGACGGCCUCCUCUAGCAGAACCAAAACGAAGAAAACUUUCAUCGCGGAUGAAGAACCACCUUCGCACAGGCGCGGCUCUCUCAGUCUGGCCAAUGCUGCAGCUCUGUUGAAGACCGGAUCCUGGAACAGAACCAGAAUUUCCACCAUUGACUCGCACCGCCGAGUUCAGAGCCAGCCCGUGAACAGUCCGCCGAAGAUAGCAAGACUAUGCCACGCCAGAUCCACCACUCAGGGGAAUGAUGCUACCUCUAAGUUACCCGAAUACGUCGUGUCAACCACCUCCCUUGUUGACCAGGACGAAGAGCAGGACCACGAAUCACCAGCGGUCACUGCUGAUGAUGUACAGCGCGCGACUCGACAAGCUCUGGAGCAGACGAACGAUGCACCAUUUCCGCUGCACGAUCCCACCAUCGAGUGGGAGCCACCUACUUGGGAUGAUCUCUGGAGGAAUUCUACCAGAAGCAUGAGAACUCACUCGAGCAGCCGAUUAUCUACGUUUUUGCGUACACCAAAAGGGGCUGCCAACCAGAGUGAAGUCCGCCCUAAGGCUGACAGGCGCAAUCGCUCCGUAAGCCGCAAGUCCAGCUUUGAGGACUUGCGAAAUCACGGGCAGUCGAAGCCAGAUGGAUCCAGCUCGGUCAGAGCGCCUAGUCUUCCCGAAGCAGCGCCAGCGAGACACAUGAGCAUCAAGAGAUCAAGCUUGCAAAAGGAGUUACCGAGUCUUCCAUUGCACGAGGCGUCCGACUUGCCGCCGAGAUACCUACAAGAAAACGCUGCACGUAAUGCCAGAAUUGUGCAGUCGUUGCAGGAUGAGGGCGUUUUGGACUUGAGGGACAGCGAGGAUACAGAUACUGCCGUGGUCUGGGCCCCGGCCGUCACGCACGAAACACAGAUUAUCCAGCCUGUUCAAGUCGUGCAGCGUGCCGUGUCGCGAGAAGUCCACAAUCAUCAUUUUGUGCACGGUGUGCUUCCUGUUGUCGAUCUACAAGUCCUGCCAGCUCGACACUUUUGUCCAGACGGUCAUGGAGGUUACGUCGAGAUCUCUGAAGACCAGAUUCCGGGCGGGAAGCCUGACAACUUUGAUCAACUCAUUGCAGAGGCCGUCUCGAAAUCGACUCCUAGACCCCGAGGAGGUGGCGUGGUCAGACAGAAAGCCACUACGAGUGCAGCCGGCGAGGAUGACAGUCGGGGUAAGGGCAGCAGUAGUUUAGAGAGGGAACAGUGGUGGAUGCACUACCCAAGUGUCACGUCGUCGACUGGUUUGCAGAAAAAUGCCAAACAAGAGGCAAGCAGACCACUUGACCAUACAGCAGAGAUGACUGGAGAGCAUACGAGCCAACACACAUUCACAUAUCGCACUCCUGGUGGCCUACCAUCAUGGACAGCAAUUGCCACCGAGCCACCGCUAGAGUCAAAUUCUGCUACUCCCAAGAAGUCUCAAACGCAUCCAUAA